AUCACUUGGGAAUUCAGCUAGUAGCAGCAGGAGUGUAAAAAAGAAAGCCCGUGUGCAUUCACCGAUAAAUACUUGAGUCCGGCCGUUGAAAAAGGGAAAUUAGUUUCUUCUGAAAGCACAGAGGCAAGCUGUUGCACUAUGGACCCCAGUAAGUCGAGUGCUCCUCCAGCGGGAUGGUCUGGGUCUGAUGAGAAGACUUCCAUGGGCCACGCGCCCCCUCCGCCCUACCAGGACCAACCGUACCCGGGUUACCCCCAGCCCGGCAUGGCAUACCCACAACAGCAGCAGGGCUAUGCACCACCGCCACAGUAUGGGGGUGCAGGAUAUGGACAACAGCCUUAUCCAGGACAGCAGUUCCCAGGACAACAGGCCACCGUCACUGUCCAGCCCACAGUGUUCGUGACUCAUGGCCCGCUGCUUAACCCAGUUAACGACUACUUGUGCUACUCCAUCUUCACCAUGCUGUGCUGCUGCUUUCCACUUGGAAUUGCUGCCCUCAUCUACUCCAUCUCAGCGCGGGAAUCCAACCACAUUGGGGACCAGCUGGGGGCAGAGCGGAGCAGCAGAAUGGCCCGGACACUGAACCACGUGGGCCUGGGACUCGGCAUCGGUGUCCUCAUUCUCUCCAUUGUCUACGUAGUCGUGUUGGCAUAUUAACCCUUUAAGUCACCUGGGGGCUAAAACGACUUUUUAAAAGUUACUGAUAUAUUAAUCAACAAUAAAAAGCCAUGUAAUCAAUUACUCUUCAGCACUGUAAAGAGUAACCUUUCUAUAUCGCUUUAAUUUCUUCAACAUUAUUUUGUGUUUGGGAUUUUCUUCUAUGUUACCACAUCAAAAGUCAUCAUUUGAACAUCUGUUUAUGACAUUUGAAAUAUUCUUCAACUUCGGCCAGUUUUGCUUCACCAUAUAUAUACAAUACAGGUGUUAUCCAAAGAGUUCCACAUUGUUGUGUUCUAAUAGCAAAUGAUUAUCAGUACACAGUAUGUAGUGCCACAUUUUAUAAUGAGUUGAGUUUUUUGUAGUUUUGCAAUUCAAAGAGAUGUGUUUGAUUGUACAAUGAAUGAAUGAUGUCUGCCCUUUCAAAAGAAUUGUUGUCUGUAAAUGCGCACUAACACCCUCUAACUUUCUUAAUGUUAACAAAGAAUAGCAUUUAAAAAAACAAAACAAGAAUACUUAUAUAAACACAGAAGGAGAAAUUGGCCUUGUUAAGCUCAUGCCGAGCAAAUAAAAGAUGUAUCUGAUCUAAGAGUGCACACUACAAGGUCAUCUACAGAUCAUUUAUACUUGCACCAAAGUCCUCCUUUUACUUCCAGCUGAACAUUAAUGCACAGCUUCACAAAAAAUGAGCAAAAAAUGUAAAAGCGUAGUGUGUUGUGUAUGGCCUGGGGUUUGCAUGUUAUGUACCGUAAUGUCUGAAUGUCAAUUUCUUAACCAAAGCUGGAAAAGGAAGAUUUUUCUGUAUGUCAAAUUUUCUUUAUAAAUAAAGUUAAAGUAUAUUGAGA